AUGGAAUUGCUGAAGCCCCAAGAGAUGCUGGCAAUGCAGUCGAGGGUACAGGUCAUGGGCUUUCCCAUUGGAGGGGAUUACUUGAGCAUCACUGAAGGUGUUCUUUCUCGCAUUGAGGUUGUUGACUAUUCCCAUAGCAGAAGGUCUUGCCCACGACUUAGCAACAAAACAGCCUUUCCAUAUACUGAGUCUGAUGAGGAGCUUUGA